ACUGUUGCACAGCUCCGACCGUGCGGACCUAUUCCAAUAGGAAACCAAGAAGAUUGCGCGCUAAUUAAUGAACACAUGUCAUCUAGAAUGCGUGAAACGAGCAAAACAAGUCGCUUUUAACUGUAGCAAAAAAUAUAUAAAGUACGGAUUACUAAGGACAAACAGUGUAUCUGUGAGUGCUGGUGUUAUUUCGAAGUGCAACUGUUAAUUCUCAACAAUAAACAAGUGUUUCGUUUAUAAAAUAUAUCGCUUGCAAAUUUUCAACUUUGGUGGCGAAUUGUGUCCUUAGAUGCGGAUUGGCGGCCAACGGUGUCCAUGCAUUUGUCAUGCACAGUUCUAAGUAAAUAGUUGGUGUUACGUGUAUUUCAAAUUAAAAACAGUGCUAACCAUAAAUGGAAGGUAAAAUAUCACACAGUGGGCUCUUGGCUCGAAGUCCAGAAGGACAUGCAGCACGUGGUAUGCAAAUUAAAGGAAAUGAAGAUGUGUGGGUUGAAAUACAAGCAAAUACAUUCCGGAAUUGGGUGAACGAGAAUCUUCCAUCCAAUUUGCGUGUGGCUGAUCUUUGCCAAGAUUUAUGCAGUGGCGUUCGUCUCUGUACCUUAGUGGAAAAGCUGCAAGGGCAUCCAAUUAAGCCGUCCUGGAAUAAAAGACCUAUGAAUCAGCAUCACUACCUGGAGAAUGUUGCAUGCGCCUUAAAUGCCAUCGAACAAGAUGGAGUCAAAUUGGUUAACAUUGGUAACGUCGAUAUAGUGAAUGGAAACCUGAAACUGAUUUUGGGUUUAAUAUGGUCGUUGAUUGUGCGUUAUCAAAUUGGCAGAUCCAAAUUCCCGCCGAGGAAGUUGAUGUUGGCUUGGCUGCAAGCCGUGCUUCCAGAAUGUAAAGUCAACAAUUUGACAACGGAUUGGAACUCCGGUAUUCUUUUGUCAGCCCUUGUCGACUACUGUAGACCAGGAUUGUUCCCGCAUUGGAGAAAAUUAGAUAAACACGACGGCAUUGACAAUUGCCGAAGGGCAAUGAGUAUCGCUAAUAAGGAACUCGGAAUACCGGCUGUCUUGGAACCAGAAUAUUUGGCGUCUCCUUGGCUCGACGAAUUAUCUGGAAUGACUUACCUUUCGUACUUCAUGAAACCAGGUUCGCCCGGAUUCCAUGCGACGCUCAGAUGGGUCAACUCUAGAUUGGAACGACCCGUCGAGAAUUUUACAUCCGCUUGGAACGAUGGACGUGUAAUUAGCGAGGUAAUUAGAUCUUUGGGAGGAUCUUCGGCAGCUCCAGAGAAACUCCGCACGGAGCCAUCGCAUUGGGAAUCGAAUUUGACUCAAGCAGUCGAGGCGGGAAAACGAUUAGGUGUACAUCCUAUAUUGUCUGCUAGAGAUAUGGCCGAUAUAAAUGUUGAACAUCUGGGGGUGAUGGCUUAUGCAGCUAACUUUCAAUGGAUUCCGGAAAGACCUCCAAUUCACGACCUUAUCAAUGUUAAAUUGGAAUCAACGUCCGGACGCGUCGGAGAAUCCACGCAAUAUCAAGUCACUUUAAUGGAUUCAUCCUUAGCAUAUGACAGAUUAUCAGUUGAAAUUAGAGGUCCUGAUAAUAAAGUGUAUCCUCAGCGUUCUUUGAAGCAUGGACGAGGUUCUUUUGUGCCACAGAAAAUGGGAAUGCACGAGAUAUUAGUCUACUACGAAGGACAAGAGGUAUCCUCUAAGCAUUAUUUCAGGGCUCUACCGCCGCUCGUUGAAGUCUUACCUCCAGAUAUGGCUCCAUGCGCUCUUGGUUCUUUAGUCCAAGUGUUAGUAAAUGCUACAGGUGCUCCUAAACGAGAGGACAUUUUAGUAACAGCCUACAGCCCAAUGGGGCGACCUUUGGCAUGCCCUUUAACUAUUGUUGAUGGUACAAAUAGUGCUACUUUUAAGCCAGACGAAGCUGGUGAAUGGAGAAUUGAAAUUACGUAUCAGGGAAAACAAAUCCAAGGUGGUCCAUUUACAUGCGCAGUUUUCGAUCCCAACGGUGUUGUGGUGUCUGGUUUAGAAGGUGCGUUGCCGAUGGUGCCUCACGCUAUUGACCUAGAUUGUCGCGAUGUUUGCGUACCAGGAGAAGUCUACGCAGAUGUGGUGCACGAUAAAAAGUCGUUGCAUACUAGAAUGGAGAAGGUGGAUGCUGACGGCUAUUUGCAUCGCGUACAUUUUACGCCAGUUCUUCCUGGAAAGCAUAGGGUAUACGUCUACUUCAAUGGAUACGAUGUUAAAGGCUCUCCUUUUAUGAUGAGAGUCGGCACUCAACGUAGAUCCAAGACAAGUUCUAGUCCGACGUACAGGCAAAGUCCUAUUUCGCGUAAUCUGUCUGCUAGUCCCAUAACUACAGUUCAAGCAGCAAACUUGAACAGUUCCAUAACAAAUAAAAAUUACCGUCAAAACGCUAGUCCCAGUUUCGCAACGGAGACACAUAAAUUGUCUCAAGAUUACCAUAGGUUAUCCGAGAGGCGUUUAUCAGCUAGUUCUCCUGUAGACAACAGUCCUCACUACAUCCCAAGAGCCAGCAGUCCUUCUCUAGCUCCGCGCACACAGAGCCCAACAUUCCGACCAACAAGUCCUUACUUCAGACCACUAAGUCCUCGUCCACAAAGUCCGAGCUACAUAACAAGCAAAAAGUUAAAUACCAGGACUGAUAGCCCAAAUUCGAGUUUUGUUCGGAAGGAGCAGGAGUACUCGCACAAAUCAAGAUACGAAACAUCCAGUCCGAGUUUGUACGCAAAGACAGCAUACGCUUCAAGUCCGAGUUUUCAUAGGAAGGAUGAUUACGAAUCGAGUUACACAACGAAAUCUCAUUUCGAAACGUCCAAGAAGCAAGAUGAUUUCUCCAAUAAAAUGCAAUCUAUACGUUUGCAAGAUUCCCGAAGCCCUGCGAUGGGAUCUCAUUUCGAAUCGUCCAAGAAGCAUGAUGAUUUCUCUAAUAAAAUGCAAUCUAUACGUUUGCAAGAAUCCCGAAGCCCCGCGAUGGGAUCUCAUUUCGAAUCGUCCAAGAAGCAGGAUGAUUUCUCUAAUAAAAUACAAUCUAUACGUUUGCAAGAAUCCCGAAGCCCCGCGAUGGGAUCUCAUUUCGAAUCGUCCAAAAAGCAGGAUGAUUUCUCUAAUAAAAUGCAAUCGAUACGUUUGCAAGAAUCCCGAAGCCCCGCUAUGGAUCGUCGCAGUCCAGACGUUAAUUAUUCUACAUCUAAAUAUAAUCGAAGCAUCGUCGAGAGUCGCAGCUACAACAGCAGUUUCGAUAGCGUAGAUACAUCGCCGGUAAUUAAAAUUAAUGAUCGAAGCACAACAAGGCGAGAUUCCUGGGAUGCCUUAAAGAAGACGAGCAAUAUCUUAUCAGAAAGGAGUCUGGAAUCGUUGGCUAAUUUGAAUGAGAGCCAGCUAGAUACGCAGCGCGUGCACAAAUUGCAGACGUACAAUCAGAACGAGAGUCAAUUGGAUUCGCAGCGUGUUCAUAAAUCGCAGAGUUAUACCCAGAAGGUUGAUAACUACGGUUUCAGGAGUUUAGGUAAAGGCGGAGCAAGUGCUGUUAAGGUUCAACCCGUGCCGGAUGGAACACUUGGACAACCUGUAGAAUUUGAAAUUGAUGGGAGCGGCGCUGGUUCUGGAGAUUUGGAGAUUCUCGUUGAAGGCGGUAAGGUAACAUCAAGUGUUCGUAGUUUGGGUGGGCAGAGAUUCAAGGCUGCCUUUACACCACAUCAGGCUUUGCCACAUAGGGUAGACAUUCGAUUUAAUGGUGAAACUGUCCCAGGUAGUCCGUGGCACGUAAACAUAAUGUCUACAUCGAAUUUGUCGGUUCUGGGCGAAUCUACCAGAUUGGUGCCAGCCAAUACCGCGGCCGUUUUCGAAAUCAUCACCAGCGGAAAUACCGCUCCGGACGAUCUGAGUGUGCACGUAAUAUCUCCGAGCAAAAGGGCUGUGCAGGCUCGCGUUUUGCCUGGGAACAGAUCCGGAGUGCAAAGUGUUGAAUUUGUGCCUACCGAAGUCGGAACUCACAUUGUUGAGGUACACGUGAACGGAGAGAAACUCCCUAGUGGUCCUCUCAUCGCCAAAGUGUACGAUGCUGGACUCAUACAAGUAGCCGAUGUUAGUGGUGGAGUCGUUGGACAACCUGUCCAAUUCAGAGUUGAUGCCAGCCAAGCGGGCGAAGGACAAUUGGAGAUAUCCAUAAACGAAGGAGAAGUACCCAACCAUGUCCAGGUUGUCGGCGGAGGUCGUUGCUUGGUAUCGUUUACGCCCGACCAUGCAAAACCCCAUCUUAUCGAUAUCAAAUUUAACGGAGAAACGGUCCGAGGAUGUCCGUUUGUAUGCUCCGUAACGGACACGAGCAGGGUGAUACUGAGCCUAUCUCACCUGGAGCUGAUUCCCGUGAAUCAACCCAGCUCGUUCCAUAUGGGCGUUGCUGGGGGUGGCGCUGCAGAAUUGGCAGUCGCCGUGAGAGGACCGAUCGGAGAACUUCCUGUAAAAGUUACCGGUGAUAUACACUCCGGGUUCACGGCGGAAUUCACGCCGAACCAAGUCGGAGCCCACCAAAUUAACGUGGAUUAUAACGGAAGGCCCGUACAAGGAACGCCGUUCAUAGCGAAAGCCUUCGACUCGACCCGUGUGACCGUCGGACACGUGGCCAGAGGAACGGUGGGACGACCGGUAACCUUCUCUGUAGAUGCGAGCGAAGCGGGAGAAGGAAAUUUGGAAAUUACCAUUUCCGCCCGAGGGUUGAACAUACCCACACAAGUGCACCCUCAGGGCAAUGCGAAAUUCGCCGUGAGCUUCGUGCCGGCAGAAGCAUGCGAUCACGUAGUUAAUGUAGCCUUCAACAAGAGGCCCGUAGUUGGGUGUCCUCUGAUCGUGGGAGUUGGAGGAGGCGGUGCUGGACCAAGCGUCACGCUGCCGGGUCCCGGACCCGUGCACAGACCCAGCACACUUCUAAUUAAUCAUCCGGGACGAUUAGAAGACAUUGAAGUCAAUGUUGAGGGCCCCGGAGGUCAAUCGGUGCCCACCCAAGUCCAACCAUUGGGCAACGCUCAGUUUCGCGCUGAGUUCGUACCCAGGGUCGUCGGAGAGCAUCGGAUAAACGUCAGCGUCAAUGGAAUACCUACUGCCGGUAGUCCGUACGCAGCCAAAGUUUACGACGUUCAAGCUAUCAAAGUCAAAGAAGCCGCAACUGGAGUCGUCGGAAAACCGGUCACAUUCCUAGUUGAAACUAGCCAAGCUGGACCUGGCAAUCUAGAGGUGACCGUAAACGGUGGAAGAGUUCCAACAUCAGCCCAAGCUCAAGGACCACACACGUACGCUAUUUCCUUCACACCGCGCGAAGCCACUGCCCAUUCAGUUGAUUUGCGAUUCAAUGGACAGGAUGUUCCAGGAAGUCCUUUCAAAUGCGUCGUUACUCCUGCAGCCAGAAUCAUCACACCGGAAUCAAUGGAUAAAGUAUCCGUUGGUAGAGCCUGUCUCUUUGCAGUCGAGAGUCCCAAUGCUCCGGUCGUUGAAGUAUUGGGUCCGGCUCGAAGAUCACUACCCACUCAAAUUACUCCACAAGCUGAAACACCUGGAAAGUUUGAUAUAUCAUUCACACCGGUGGACGUUGGCGAUCAUAGCGUCGAAGUUCGUUUACCAAGAGGUCACAUCGAAGGAAGUCCAUUUUUGGUUAAAGCUUAUGAUGCGAAUCGAGUCAGUGUUACGGAUAUUAACGAUGGCGUAGUCGGAAAGCCUGUCUCGUUCAGCAUAAAUGCAUCUCAGGCAGGCGCGGGUAAUUUGGAGAUCAUCGUAGCCGUCGGAGGUCGAAACGUACCCAACUUUGUUCAAAGCGAAGGAAACGCUCGUUUCAAAGUUAAUUUCAAACCUACGGAAGCCGCCGUCCAUACUCUGAGCGUCAGGUUUAACGGACAAGCAGUUCCUGGAUCACCUUUUAGCUGUAAAGUGAGUCCAGGCAAUACGCAACCAAGAGUUCCGGUCACCGGAAAUGGUAUCGAGUUGGCAGCUGUCGGACAUCCAGCUGAAAUAAAGAUCGAAGGAGUGGCUGGAGCUGAGCCACAGGUCAUCACAACGGCACCAACUGGCAAGAUUAUGCAAACUAAAGUCACUUCUAACGAAGAUGUAUAUAUGGCAAUAUUUGUACCUGAAAUGGUUGGUCGUCAUAGCGUUGCUAUUUUAAUUAAUGAUCAGCACGUUAUCGGUUCACCGUUUAACUGCAAUGUUUACGACGUCAAUAAAGUUAUCGUUUCUGGAUUACCUGGUCGUAAAAAUGAAAUUACUAGAGCACUCAACGAGAUGUCUUUAAAUGAUAUUGGUCCAGCUGAAGUCGGAAAACCCGUUACCUUUAGCGUGGACGCCGCUCAAGCUGGUGAAGGAACUUUAGAGCUUGUUGUAUCCACACAGCAUACGACUAUUAAAGCGGAAGUUGUUGCUUGCGCCAGAGGUCUUUACGAUGUUACAUUUGUACCUCAAACCAGUGACGAUCAUUUCGUAAAUAUUACAUUUAACGAUAUGAACGUUAUCGGUAGUCCAUUCCAUUGCUCCGUCAUUGAGUCUACUCAAUAUCUGCAAAUUGGAUCCAUAAAUUACUUCGAUAUACCUCCAGAUCAUCGACUGGAAAUAAUAGAUUCCAAUAACCAUCCUGUUAAAUAUACCGUGAAUAAUAGCAAAGCAGAAUUUUCUGUUACACAAACUGGAACUUACCAACUUCAAUUGCUGAAGAGCAAUAAUUUAAUCAGUUCAAGAACUUUACACGUAUUUGAUACAAGUAAAAUAGAUGUUAUCAAUGCCCCAGAGGCGGUUUGCCACAGGCCUGCCGUUGUAGGCGUUAGCAUAAACAAAGUUGGUCCUGGUAAACUUACGGCGAGCGUUAAAGUCGGAAGCAAAGAAAUAGCUCACAGUGUUAGACAAAGCGGAACUAACGUGAACAUGUGGGAAAUCGUAUUUCAUCCAAUUCAUGCAGCACCUCACAGAGUAACCUUAUUCUAUAAUGGUGUACCAAAACAUGGUGUACUUGAGAUUCCUGUAAAAGCACCUGGUUCGGAGCCUUGGGCAGGUGGUUUGGGUUUGUAUCAAUCUCGUGUCGGGAAGGUUACAUCCUUUAAUAUCGAUACUUUGGGGCGGUCUGCUCGUGAAUUUGAUGUAGUCGUGAGCGGGCCAACUGGCUCUGCGGUACCUGUUAGAUGUUACCAAACAAAAACUGGAAAAUUGCAAGCCGAGUUCACGGCAAGGGAUGUUGGAUCACACACUGUUGAAGUUCUUCACCAAGCUAAAAGCGUAGCUGGUAGUCCUUUUACUUGCCAAGCUUACGACAGUGAUUGCGUUCGAGUAAUUGAUAUUCCAAGCACUCAAGGAAAUGUUGGUGAAAGGAUCACAUUCAAUGUAACGACAAAAAAUGCCGGAACUGCGGACUUGGAAGUUAUAGUUACAAAUCCUAUUGGUCAAACGAUAUCUGUUCAAAAUACAAUGGUUUCCGACGAUACUACGCAAGUAUCUUUUCUUCCUUCCAUGGCUGGAUUAUAUCAAGUGGCUAUUACCUAUGGUGGUGUUCCGGUUAAGAACUCUCCAUUGGCUUUGGGUGUUGGUGCUAUUGGUCCAACUCCGCCGCCAAGAGCAGUUGGUAAAGGUCUUGAGAGUGCUAUCGUGGGAGAACGGACAAGUUUUACUGUUAGUAGCGUAAUUCAACCAAGAGUACAAGUUGAGGCAAUUGAAGGACUAUUAGAUUCGCACGUGCAAAGUCCGAAACCUGGGGAAUACAUCGUUUCUUACACUCCGAAGUGGGUUGGAGUUUAUGAUAUAAUAAUUAACAUUGGACCAACAGAUUUACCUGGUUCUCCAUUCAGACCGACGAUUAUCGAUCCUUCAGCUGUGCGUUUAAUUGGUGGAUGGAAUCAAUACUUGGAUGAAUCUGGUAGAAUAAAGUUACCAGCAAAACUAGUUUUCGAUAUAAGCAAUGCUGGUCCAGGUAGUUUGGAAUGUAAAAUUUCCGGUAGAAAAAUAUCUAGUGAAAAGAACGGAAAUCGUAUUAAAUUUGAUGUGACAACUGAAGGUUUGAAUUCGGGCGAGACUGAUUUUGAUGUAAAAUUUGCUAAUAUAGGAUUACCUGAAACGCCAAAUACUGCGAUAGCUCUUGGAGCUCAAGUUGUCUUAACAGGAAAAGGUUUGGCACAAGCACAGUGCGGAGAACAAGCAGUAUUCAAUAUAGAUGGAUCGAAAGCAACAUCGGGCAAUCCGGAAGUAACGCUACAUGCUGUUGAUACAAAUCUCCCAAUUCCUGUAAUGCUGAGCUUAGCUGGAGAUAAAAUUUGGAGAUCUACAUAUACCAUCAAUAAUCCUGGAAAUUAUCUUUUGUCUGUAUUAUGGGGUGGUCGACCCGUUAAAGGUUGUCCAUUAAUGGUGGAAGCGAAGGGUGGCGCUGACGCUUCGAAAGUUCUUUGCUCCGGGGAAGGACUCAGGCAAGGCGUAGUUGGUAGAGAAAUAAGAUCCUGGAUUGAUACAAGACGGGCCGGACCUGGAGAAUUAACAGCACAUUGCACAGGUCCAAGAAAAGUAGCUUAUUGCGAAUUGUACGAUCAUGGUGAUGCAACAUUUACAUUAAACGUAAAGCCACAAGAGGCAGGACGUCAUGCCCUAACUGUUAAGUAUGCAGGCCAACAUGUACCUGGAUCACCAUUUACAUUGAAAGUCGCUGGUGCACCUGACCCUAGCAAAGUUAGAGUUUAUGGGCCUGGCGUUGAGCACGGUGUCUUGGCUACAUUCCAAUCGAGAUUUAUUUGUGAUACGAGAGGUGCGGGUGCUGGACAACUGACCGUCAGGGUUAGAGGACCGAAGGGUGCUUUCAGAGUCGAGAUGCAAAGAGAAAGUCAAAAAGAUCGAACCAUUUUAUGCAAAUAUGAUCCAACGGAACCUGGGGACUACCGCGUCGAAGUGAAAUGGGCGAACGAACUUGUACCUGGCUCACCUUUCCACGUAAUGAUUUUUGACACCCAAGAAGAAUUAAGAAGAUAUAUCAAUACCAUGUAAAUUAUUUUAAUUGAUACGUUAUUUUUUUAUAUAGUGUAUAAACCUAUAUCAUAGAAUUGUUACAUUCCACGGUAUAUGGGACUGGUUAUAUAAUAUAUUUUAUUUAUAUGUUGCUAACACUUUCUUUUUAAGUUAAUGAUUCGUCCAUAAUCAA